AUGGCCUCAAUGUCGUUGUCGUUCAUCUUGUGCGAGUCCGAGGAGGAUUCGCCACCUCGCACCCGCCUGCAACGCAAGGAAAGGUCUGUGAGUUCAAGUGUGGCGCGCCAGGAUGAAGAUGAAGACGUUCCUGCUGCUGAACCGAAGAACCAGAGUUCCAUAGCUCGUCGUCGAAAUAGAGGCGACAGCAACAGCAGCAAACGCAGGAAGGCCAUACCCACGUCCGACAGGCUACACCAUGUGCGUCAACUGCAGAACAUGCGCCAGCGCCGCUACCGUGAGCGCAAGAAAUCGACCGCAUCGGCUCUGCAGGCCAACGCUGACAAUCUACUCCAGGAAAAUGGAGCGCUGGAGACUGCAAUUCUGGAGCACUUCAACUCGCAAAAGUAG